AUGCCAGCCCAACAGCAAUUCAGCGUUCCGUUUGAAUUGUCAAACAAAGACCACCUCCACCUUGGCUGUCUCGUCGAUGGUCAAUCGGAGUCGGCUCGUUCUGGACAGACGUUCGACAUUGUCGAUCCCGGUUCGGGAAGAACAUGGGCCUCUUACCCGGACUGCGACGAGUCUGAUGUGAAUGCAGCUGUCGAGAGUGCGCACAGAGCCUUUCUCAACUUUUCCAAAUGGACACCGAGAAAGCGGGCACAGUGUCUACUGCGAUGGCACACGCUUAUUGUCGAUGCUCGCGAGGAUUUGGCCAGGAUCCUUGUUCACGAAACAGGAAAGCCCUUGAAGGAAGCCUUGGGGGAGGUCGAUUACGCAACCACUUUUACCUGGUGGUUCGUUGGUGAGGCGGAGAGAGCGCACGGCACAACGAUUCAGUCAGCCAUCGCGGGCCGACGAUCUCUUACCGUCAAGCAGCCUAUUGGAGUCGUUGCCGCACUGAUUCCUUGGAACUUCCCGAUCGCCCUAGCGCUGAGGAAAGCGAGCGCCGCAAUGGCUGCCGGGUGCACAAUGGUAAUGAAGCCCUCGCCGGAGACGCCGAUCUCGACAAUAUCACUAGCCAGGCUAGCUAUCCAGGCGGGUUUCCCACCAGGCGCCCUCAAUGUCCUGACAACCAGUCUCAAGAACACUCCAGCAGUAGCAGAGGGCCUCUGCCUUCAUCCGCUGGUCAAGAAGGUUACCUUCACGGGGAGUACUCGCGUGGGCAAGAUAAUUGCGUCGCUCUGUUCAAGAUCAUUGAAGAAAACAACCCUUGAACUGGGCGGGAACUGUCCGUUUAUCGUUUUUGAGGACGCGGAUACCGAAAUGGCCCUGGACCAGCUUGCCGCACUCAAAUGGAGGCACGCCGGUCAGGCUUGUGUGUCUGCCAACCGGGUGUACGUUCAUCGAAGUAUCCUUGAGGAGUUUGUGCAGGGCUUGAUUAGAACGACCUCAUUGCUUCGGGUUGGGCAUGGGAUGGAGGAUCAGACAACCCUCGGACCAGUGACAACCUUGGCGGGGUUGGACAAAGCAGAGGAGCUGGUCAAGGAUGCCGUUGGAAAGGGUGCGAAGAUGCUUCUUGGGACUGGGCGGAGAUUGGCCGGGCCAUCAGACGCUGCAGGUAGUCUCGAAUCGCCGGCUGGAGGUUUCUUCAUGGCCCCAACCAUCUUGACAGGCGUGACAGACACUAUGCGGAUGAGCCAAGAAGAGAUAUUUGCGCCUGUCCUCGGCAUCUCGGUAUUUGAUACAGAAGAGGAGGUUACGGCCCGCGCAAACGAGACCAGCAUGGGUUUGGCCAGCUAUGUAUUCACCAAGGACGUGAAUCGGCUGUGGAGGAUGUUUGAAAAUCUUGAAGCCGGCAUGAUAGGCUUGAACACCGGUAACAGCUCGGCAGCAGAGGCGCCGUUUGGAGGCAUCAAGGAAAGUGGGUGUGGCAAGGAGAGUGGGAAAGAUGUGGCAAUUGAUGAAUUUCUCAUCACAAAGACAGGCACACUGACAUUGACGGAGUCCUAA